AUGUCGGACGAAGCAGCCACUAUUCCAACACUUAUUCUCCUCCUCCUAUCCUCAAUUCUCAUCACCGGUGAUGUUGUAGAAGGGUUGAGCGACAAAGAAGUGGUCGCCGAGCUCAAGCAAUUCCUGCAAGAACACAACCCGAUAAACCGCGGCGGGUAUGCCGAGUGGGACGUGUCGGAGCCGACGCCGUGCAACUGGUCCGGCAUCAGCUGCGACGCCGCCAUGGGCCGCGUGGUCGGCGUCGACCUCUCGUCGUCCAACAUCUCCGGCCCCGCCUUUGGCAAAUUCUCCCUCCUCACCGAGCUCGCUCGCCUCGACCUCUCCGCCAACACCAUCGACGGCACCCUCCCCGCCGACCUCAACCGCUGCUGCGGCCUCCGCUAUCUCAAUAUCUCGCACAACCUUAUUUCCGGCGAAUUGAACGUCAGCGGAUUGGCGAAUUUGGAGAUUCUGGACGUUAGUCUCAACAGGUUUGAAGGCCCGAUUGCCUUCAACUUUCCCGCGGUUUGCACAAAUCUCUCCGUUUUGAAUGUUUCCACGAAUAACUUCACCGGCGAGAUGGCCGGCGUAUUCGACAAGUGCCAGAAGCUCCGGUACCUGGAUUUGAGCGCGAAUCACUUUAGCGGUGAGAUAUGGCAAGGGUUAAAUUCGCUCCGCGAGUUCUCCGUUGCGGAGAACGACCUCACCGGAGAGAUACUUCCCGGCGCUUUCACGGCGGACUGCGCCCUCGAAUCGCUGGACUUGUCGGAUAACAACUUCUCCGGCGCGCUUCCGAAUUCGAUCGCGAACUGCCCCAAACUGAACUUCCUGAGCCUGUCGGGGAACGGCUUCGGCGGCGCAAUCCCCUCGGGCAUCGGGGCGCUCAUGGAGCUCGAAAGCCUGUUCCUGGGGAGAAACCGGUUCGACCGCGAUGUCUCGGAGGAGCUCCUGAACUGCGGCAAACUAGUAUUGCUCGAUCUGAACGGUAACAAUUUCGGCGGUGAGGUACAGGAGAUCUUCGGGCGGUUCGCGACGCUGAAAUUCUUGGUCCUGCACGGAAACAACUACACUGGCGGCAUUGAGAAAUCGGGAAUCUUAAAACUUCCGGAAGUCAGCAGACUGGACCUCAGCUUCAACAGCUUCUCCGGCCCGCUGCCCGCUGCGAUCGCCGAGAUGCGGAAGCUUAAAUUCUUGAUCCUAGCAUACAACAAUUUCAACGGCAGCAUCCCGGCGGAGUAUGGUAACAUCGCGGGGCUGCAGGCGCUGGACCUGUCGUUCAACGAGCUGAGCGGCGAGAUCCCUCCCUCGAUCGGCAACCUGUCGUCGCUGCUCUGGCUGAUGCUCGCCAACAACCGGCUGACCGGCGGCAUCGCGAACAUGGGCCGCGACCCAGAGCCGACGUUUGCGACGAACCGCAAGGAUGCAGGAGUCGCCAUGGGGUCCGGGGACUGCCUGACGCUGAAGCGUUGGCUCCCGGCGAAUUACCCGCCGUUCAACUUCGUGUACACCGUGAUGACGCACAAGAGCUGCCAGACGACGUGGGACCGGCUGCUGAAGGGCCUCGGAAUCGUUCCCGUGUGCACCAACACGUCGUCGCCAAUCUGGACACUUGCGAUAUCCGGCUACCUGCAGCUCUCUGGCAACCUCCUCGCCGGUGGCGUUCCCCCAGAGAUCGGCGGGAUGCGGAAUCUUAACUUGCUCUACCUCGAUGCCAACCGACUGUCCAGCGGACUCCCGCGAGAGAUCGGGAGGCUCCCCCUCGUGUCGCUCAACCUGUCUUACAACUGCUUCUCCGGCGAGAUUCCGUUGGAGCUCGGCGGAAUUCGGUGCCUUGAGAUCUUGGAUUUAUCGCGGAAUAACUUCUCCGGCGAAUUCCCGGGGAGCCUAAAUGCGCUCACGGAGCUCAGCAAGUUCAACGUCUCGUUCAACCCCUACCUCUCCGGCGUAGUCCCGUUGACCGGCCAGAUGGCCACCUUCUACCUCAACUCGUUUCUAGGCGACCCCAACAUUUCUUUCUCCUCCUCCGCCGCCGGAGCAUGGCCAUCGCUACCGAGCGGCGGCGGCGCCACCGCGACCGGCAGGAGGGCGCGGGCGAGGGAGGGGGUUUCCUGGUUCUUCGUCGCCUUCAUCUCCGCCUUUCUUACGUGCGGAAUCAUUUCGUUUGUCCUCUUGAUAAACCGUAUUAGUUAG